ACCUCUCUGUCACUGAGGCCACCCGGAGCUAUGUAGUGCUAAGCUGGAAGCCCCCUGGCCAGCGUGGCCAUGAGGGCAUCAUGUACUUUGUGGAAAAGUGUGAUGCGGGAACAGAAAACUGGCAGCGGGUGAACACGGAGCUCCCUGUGAAGUCUCCUCGCUUUGCACUGUUUGACCUGGCUGAGGGAAAAUCCUACCGCUUUCGUGUCCGCUGUUCCAAUUCAGCAGGAAUUGGUGAACCCUCAGAGGCAACGGAAGUAACCGUGGUAGGGGACAAACUUGAUAUCCCCAAGGCCCCUGGAAAAAUCAUCCCAAGUAGAAAUACUGAUACUUCAGUGGUGGUCUCUUGGGAGGAGUCCAAAGAUGUCACAGAGCUGGUCGGGUACUACAUUGAGUCAAGCGUCCUUGGCUCUGGCAAGUGGGAGCCCUGCAACAACAACCCAGUGAAGGGCUCACGAUUUACUUGUCAUGGACUGGUGACUGGUCAGAGUUAUAUUUUCCGGGUCAGAGCAGUUAAUGCAGCUGGACUUAGUGAAUAUUCCCAGGAUUCAGAAGCUAUUGAAGUCAAAGCUGCUAUUGGCAGAGCAGUGUCUCCAGAUUUGUGGCCUCAACUGAGUGAUGUACCUGGUGGACUAACAGACUCCAGGGGGGGCAUGCAUGGAGCCCCCCCAGCAACCUUUCAGAAAGAUGCUUUGCUCACUAGCAAACCUAAUAAACCUUCAGUACCCAGUAGCCCUCCCAGCCUGGACCACCCAGAAGUGAGUAAAGUAAGUGAAACAGUUCAGGAAGAGCUCACCCCAUCACCACAGAAAGCAGCUCCCCAGGGGCAAAGUAAGUCUGACCCCCCGAAAAAGAAGAAGGAUCUAGUAGCGGCACCAUCGCCACCCUACGACAUCACUUGUCUUGAAAGCUUCCGUGAUUCAAUGGUUCUUGGAUGGAAACAACCAGAUAAGACUGGAGGGGCAGAAAUCUCUGGAUACUAUGUAAACUAUCGUGAGGUAGUUGGCGGGGUGCCAGGAAAAUGGAAAGAAGCAAACAUCAAGGCUGUCAGUGAGGCAGCAUACAAGAUCAGUGACUUGAAGGAAAACAUGGUAUAUCAAUUCCAAGUGGCAGCCAUGAACAUUGCUGGAUUGGGGGCUCCCUCAGCAGUAAGUGAAUGCUUCAAAUGUGAAGAGUGGACCAUUGCUGUUCCAGGACCACCUCACAGUCUUAAAUACAGUGAAGUCAGGAAGAACUCCCUGGUUCUCCAAUGGAAACCUCCAGUCUACUCUGGACGGACUCCAGUCACUGGUUAUUUUGUGGACUUAAAGGAGGCUAAUGCCAAAGAUGACCAAUGGCGAGGACUCAAUGAGGCAGCCAUUAAAAACAAAUACCUAAAGGUGCAAGGCCUUAAGGAGGGUGUCAGCUACGUGUUUCGUGUCCGUGCCAUCAACCAGGCAGGUGUUGGAAAGCCCUCUGACCUUGCUGGCCCUGUUGUGGCAGAAACCCGUCCAGGAACCAAAGAGGUGGUUGUAAAUGUGGAUGAUGAUGGAGUCAUUUCACUGAACUUCGAAUGUGAUCAGAUGACUCCAAAGUCAGAAUUCACUUGGUCCAAAGAUUAUGUAUCUACUGAGGACUCACCACGAUUAGAAGUUGAAAGCAAAGGCAACAAGACAAAAAUGACCUUCAAAGACCUUGGGACAGAUGACUUAGGCAUUUACUCUUGUGACGUAACAGAUACUGAUGGAAUAGCAUCAAGCUACUUAAUAGAUGAAGAGGAAUUGAAACGUUUACUUGCUCUCAGCCAGGAACACAAGUUCCCAACUGUCCCAGCUAAAUCAGAGUUGGCAGUUGAAAUUUUGGAGAAAGGUCAGGUCCGAUUUUGGAUGCAGGCUGAGAAGCUGUCUGGCAAUGCCAAAGUUAACUACAUAUUUAAUGAAAAGGAAAUUUUUGAGGGGCCGAAAUACAAGAUGCACAUUGACCGAAACACUGGCAUCAUUGAAAUGUUUAUGGAAAAGCUGCAGGAUGAGGAUGAAGGAACAUAUACUUUCCAGAUUCAAGAUGGAAAAGCAACCGGUCACUCUACUCUUGUUCUCAUUGGCGAUGUUUAUAAAAAGCUCCAGAAAGAAGCUGAGUUCCAGCGACAAGAAUGGAUAAGGAAACAAGGUCCACAUUUUGCUGAAUAUUUGAGUUGGGAAGUGACUGGUGAAUGUAAUGUACUAUUGAAAUGCAAGGUGGCAAAUAUUAAGAAGGAGACUCAUAUUGUGUGGUACAAAGAUGAGAGGGAAAUAUCAGUGGAUGAAAAACAUGACUUCAAGGAUGGCAUCUGCACCCUUCUGAUAACAGAGUUUUCCAAGAAAGAUGCUGGAUUUUAUGAAGUUAUCCUGAAAGAUGACCGAGGAAAAGAUAAGAGCAGAUUGAAGCUUGUGGAUGAAGCCUUCAAAGAACUAAUGACUGAAGUAUGCAGGAAAAUAGCUUUGUCUGCCACAGAUCUGAAAAUCCAAAGCACAGCUGAGGGCAUCCGCCUGUACUCUUUUGUUACUUAUUAUGUGGAUGAUUUAAAAGUUAACUGGUCCCACAAUGGAACUGGUAUUAAGUACACAGACAGAGUUAAGAGUGGGGUCACUGGGGAGCAGAUCUGGCUACAAAUCAAUGAGCCCACUCCAAAUGACAAAGGAAAAUAUGUAAUGGAGCUCUUUGAUGGCAAAACUGGACACCAGAAGACAGUGGAUCUUUCUGGACAAGGUAAACAUACUCUGCAGGUUCAAACUUACUAUAGACUAGGUCCUUUAAAAAGAAUGAAAAGUUUUAAAAAAGAUCGCGCCCGGGUGUUGGGCGGGCUCCCUGAUGUGGUCACCAUCCAGGAGGGCAAGGCUCUUAAUCUCACUUGCAACGUGUGGGGUGACCCGACUCCAGAGGUCUCCUGGCUGAAGAAUGAAAAGCCACUGGUCUCCAGUGACCACUGCAGCCUCAAGUACGAGUCUGGGAAGAUAGUGUACUUCGCCAUCAUGGGUGUAAGCACAGCCGACUCGGGCAAGUACGGGUUGGUGGUGAAGAACAAAUUCGGCUCAGAGAUCAGCGACUUCACUGUGAGCGUGUUCAUCCCAGAGGAGGAGGCCAGGAAGGCCGUGUCUGAGUCCCAGAAAGGCAACAAGAAGUCCAAGUGACUGGAGACUGGGUAGAGGAGAGAGGAGAGCCUGCUGAGCCAAGAUCAGCAGACUGCUGCUGCGUGAAUGCUUUAGGCUAAAGACAAGGAGGUCUUCGUGGGUGAGGUUUCUCCUUCUUAGUUUGUGUGCUGAUUUGGAGGGGAAAAUUGUCAAAUCUUUUGUUCAUAUAUUUUUUUAAAAAAGCACCAACUAGUGACACUUAAAUAGUUUUUCUUCAUCUACAAAUUAUGUGUUGAGAAAACACCAUUGGUAGUGCAAGCACUAGGAAAUGGUUUCAAGCAAAAGACCAGAAUAUUGUUGGAGGGACAAUGAAUGACGGCCAGAGGGCAGCCGAAUGUGUUGUGUGCAGAGUUUGGAUUGAGUGAGGUUUUACCAGCAAAUCCUUAUGGAUUGCAGUCAUAUUUCCACAUCCUGUCAAAAAUGGAAACAAGCUGUUAAGGCCAUCAGUGUGGUUGGUGUGCUGUUUCAAUAGCGAUGUGCAUUUCUGUUGGCAGCUUUGUGACUUGGCAUCUCCUCGGUAUGAAUAAACAGUCUCCCACCUUCCUUUCCCCCUCGUCGCUCUGCUUCUCACUGCGUUGCUGCUCCAUCAGAGCUACUGCCAUCCCUUCCUUGCCACUGCUGUAGCUGCCUUGUAAUUCAUAUCCUUUGACUAAAGCAGUACCUCCAGCACAGGAUCACAUAAGUCAUCAGAGGUCAACUGAAGCUCAGAGACCUGAAAUCACACUGUGAUUGCACAGCUGGCCAUUUACCAUACAAUCCAUCCAAUUCCACAGUUAAGAUAUCAAGGUCACUGUAUAUAAUAUGCCCAUUAAGUGUGAAAGGUGGUGUGAGGUAUCCUGUGCCAAAAUUGGCAACUAAGGGCCCACAGCUAAGAAUAAAAGGCACUAAUGCACCCUCCCUCCAAGUUCAGAGAACUCUGCCAGGCUUGCUGAGCAGGCUUGCUGCUGCUCAAGCAGCAGCUGCUUCGGGAGGUGUGGUCCCUCCCCCAACACCACACACAAACAAAACAUGGGUGCACAUGGACGCAUGUGCGCACACACACAGAGAGCCCCCCCAUGGAGGAAACAGUGAUGGUGAAGAGCUUCCCCCUCGUUUCUCCUGCCCUGGGUAGGUGUCUUAGUCUGUUGUGCUGCGAGAACAGAAUGCCUGUGAAUGGGUAAUUUAUCAUGAAAAGAGAUGAAUUUUCUGUAGUUCUGGAGGAUGGGAAGUCUAAGAUCAAAGAACUGGCAUUUGCAUCAUCCAUGGCAGAAGGGGGAAGGGUAGGGGUGAGCUCACAGAGGAGAGGAAGAAAGGACCAAACUCACCCUUUUUAUCAGGAACCCACUCUCAAAGGAGCUAAACCACUCCUCCCACAUACCAUAACUGCAUUAAUCUAUUCGCAAGAACAGUGCCCUAAAAUAACUUCUUAAAGGUCUGCUUCUCAACACUGGACUUUGGAGACUAAGUUCCCAGCACAUCCACUUUGGGCACACAGUCAAACCACAGCAAUAGGGGAUGAAGCAAGAGACUCCCUUACAUAGUUUGGAGGGCUCCUAAUCACCUCUCUUUUUAAAAGUUCAAGACUGGAAAUUGCCUCUCCUCUUAACGUGUCCAGCUGAAUGUCCAAUGCUGGGCUAUCACACAGAAUACCAAGCAAGAGCGAGAUGUUGUGUUCUCACUUGGCCAUGGCAAGUGCUCUGGUUCAGAUAUGGUUUCAGUCUGUCCCCUGAGGGCUUAAGUGUUGGAGAUUCGGUCCAUAGUGUGGUGAGGUGAGAGGUAGUAGGCUCUUUAAAAGGUAGGACCUGGUGAGAGGUCCUUGGGUCAUUGGGGGCACUGCCCUCAGAAGGGACUGAAGUAAUUCUCAUGGCAUACUGAGUUAGUUUGCAUAAGAAUGAGUUAUGACCUAAAUCAUUCUCUGCCUUCCUGUCUGGCCAUGUGACCGACCACUCAUCCCCACCUGAACUCCAUCAUGGCACUAUCUGCUGUUAGGUCCUCACCAAAGGCCAAGCCAAUAGGGUUGCCAAAUCUUAGACUUUCUGCUUCCAAAAAUGAGCUAAAUAACCUCUUUAUUAAGCUACCCAGCUUCAAGUAUUUCAUUAUAGAAAUGAAAAAACAGACUAAUAUACAACUUAAAUAAGUUUUCUGGGAACCAGGCAGUCUGGCCAGGAACAGUCUGAAGUUCUCCCUGUCUCAGUAACAUGGUUACUUCUGGUCAAGGGCACCAGAAGGAAAAGGCCUUUAAAUGGACACUUGCCAGGGAGCCAGAGAGAGGAGAAAGGGGUCAAGAAGGAGAAAGGGGUCAUGCUAAGAUGCUGAUUAGGAGAGAGGCCUCUAAAACUCUGCAAAGAUCCACCAAUGCAUCCCACAUAAGAGGGAGAAAUGGUGUAUGUGGGAGAAGAGCCUGCCACUCCGUCCUGCAGUUCUACCUACUAAAACACAAACUAGAGAAAAAGCAAAAAGGAUGUUAAAUCAUAUGAAAACAAAAUUUGGAACUGUAUAUUCUAAAUUCUGAAGUUGUGUGAAAACAUAUGAAGUCAAAGUGUGUUCUCACAAAGAUCCUUGCCAUCUGCCAAAGGGACUUGGUGGUACUUGGUUGCCAUGAGAGAGAAGACAAGUCAUAUUCAGAGCUCUCUGUAAUGAGGUUUCUCAAUAAAAUGGUUCCAAGAAUUAUUUCAGCCACUAUAAUGACCAAAUAACAUUAGCUACCUAAUAGUAGCUUAGGUAAAAAGCUUCUAUUUUUAAAUGGAAAAAUAUAAUUGAAAAUUAUAGGGCCAUUGGUUUAAUGAUGCUGAUGCUACUUUUUAAGCACACAAGAAGUUAUAGAUCUGUGACUUGGGCUGUUGGUAUACAGAGGGUCAUAGUAGAACACAAAAGUUACUUUAGUUUUAUAAAAAUUAAUAUGUAAUACAGCCAAGUGAUACAUUUUAAGACUUUCCUAAGCCCUGAAAGUUCAGCUUUAUAAUUUUUCUUCAUUUCAAAAUCUAAUCAUUAAAAAUAGUAAAUUUAGGGCUGCUUUCUAUAGUAUAAUUAAAUUCCCCUUUAAUUUGUUAAACUAUACUCAUCAAUUAAAGUAUUUCCUUCCCAUUUUAAUUAACUACUAUUAU